ACGAUGCUCUCCACGGACCUGAUACUCGAGAAGGCGGCGGUCGACGGUUCGAUAGACAUUGCAGAAUGGCCUCGCGUGCUCGAAAGCGUACUUCAGAAGCUGCAUGAUGUAUGCUCUCCAACUCCUUUCUUGGAUGCAAACAUGUUCACCAGGGGGUACAGAUUGUGUAUAGCGACUUCCCAAUACCCUCGAUACCGCUUCCUGCGCCCCUACGGCCUGUAAUUGACCCGGAAGUGGUUGCCUCUACGCCGCCACCAGCCAACGUCCAGGGAGGGGCAGGUGAUCAUGAAGAGCUUCCAGAUGCCAGUAUCGAAGAGCACGACCUACCUACGAACAGUCAGAGUAGCACAAAGGAGAACGAUGCGCCAGUGGACAUUGUUGGGAACCGAGGGCCGGUGCCAGGCUUUCAGGUCGACCGUACCCAUUACGCUGUUCAGCCGCCGGACAGCAUAGAACCACAGGCAGGGACCUUGCCGCCGGACUUGUUAAGCAUGUAUCAAAGUUCUACGCGCCUACUGGAAAGAGACUUCUCGCACACCCCACCCUACACCAUCCAGCGAUUAGCCGAGCUCGUCAUAUACCCGAAGAAGCAUUACCGGUUUUUGCCCGCCUACCUACGCGCUCUCGAUCGUAUAGUUUCCGUCACGUCACCUGUCUCGGAGUUUCCUUUACCAGCCAUGAUCUCAAACGUGAACGGCGGCUUUCUGACCAACGGAGACGCGACUACCAAUAGCAUCACGGAGCGAGAAGGCUUAGGAAGCGAUGAGAGCCUUGGCGGAGCUCUACUGACCCCUAUCCCAUGGCUGCGCAACAACAAUACCGCCUUCGCCAGUCAAGCUGCGCCAGGCAGCCAAGACGGCGAACUACGUAGCGAAGGCACAGAGACCGUCGAGGGACCGAAUGGCGCAGGCAGUGUCGAGACUGUCUCCGUCACGGUCAACGGUGUGCCUAGCGCUUCUAGUGUGGCGCAUACGUCUCCAGCUGUCUCGCCCACGCUUUCUGAACAGUCAGACGCGAGCACUAAUAGCUCCGCAAGCGAGUCUACGGAGGCUCAGCUACGGCAACAAGGCGGUGUCACUCAAGGUGAACUGCUACGACAGGAACAGGAAGCCGGCGUCGUGCCUGUCUCCCAGUCAACGGCGCGGCGGUCAAUGUUUCCUGGUGGUCCUGCAGCAGCAGGCCGAGAGCUUGCAAUUGGUGGAGAGGAGGUCAGUAUGGAGGAAGGCCCGCCAGAGGAGACCCCACAUGCCCGGGGUCCGGACUUGAUAGGUAUGGAGGAUAUGGGACCUCAGCCACGUCCUAUUGGGCAAGGAUUUGACAUCGAGGCUGCCAUGGGUAGAGCCAGAUCGCCGCCAUCACAGCCGGCGCAGGUAGGCUCGCCGCCACCGAUGUCUACUCAGCAGCAAGUGGCCGCAGUACAGCCCGCGCCUCAGGCGGAGGUGCAGGCGGAAGAAGCUGAGCAGGAUCAGGCCGGCGCCCCUGCUAAAGGUGCAGCCGAUGUAGCAAAGGAGAACGAGAAGAUGAAGGAAGAAAUGAUUGCUGAAAAGCAUGAAGAAGCUAAGGAUGCGAAUGGUGAUGUGGUCGUGGCGGAUGCGGAUGGCAGGCCUGUGGGCGAAGUCGAGAAAGGCGAGACAACUGAUGACUUGAAGGCGCCUGACGCCACCAAGGCUAUGAUUCGGUAAGCCUGGAGCAUAUUGUAGUACGAUGAUGCAUUGCGAUAAGAGAAAGGAUAUUACCGCUGGUGGUCGUUCAAGACCGUGCAACCCCUUGGGACGAACACAUCACGUAGGCGCCUCGCUACCGAUGCGUAGCGUUCCGCCUAUGCUGCAUUAUCUCGGCUAGGAACGGAGCCAUGAAGAGGGUAGCCAUGGGAGCACGCGGUUCGCGCCUUCCUUGAGAACUCCCUCACGGUCCAGUGCCUU